AUGGCUCAGCAUAAUGUAGAAUGGUACAGCGUACACACAUAUGGUGUAGCGCUGCGAGAAAUGGCUCAGCGUAAUGUCGAAUGGUACAGCGUACAUAAAAACAGUGUAACGUUGUGUGAAAUGGCUCAGAGUAAUGUCGAAUGGUACAGCGUACAUACAAACAGUGUAGCGUUGCGUGAAAUGGCUUAGCGUAAUGUCGAAUGGUGCAGCGUACAUACAAACAGUGUGGCGUUGCGUGAAGUGGCUUAGCAUAAUGUCGAACGGUACAGCGUACACACAAAUGGGAGUUAUACAUCACGGGCGACGAGCGGGGAUAGAAAAAACGACCCAAAUACGAGUGGUCAGUGGUGAAACAACCUUAAUACUUCAUAUAUAGACAGAUCAUUUGUGGUAUCAGGAAACAAUCGUGUUGUAAAGCCGAAGUGUAAACAGUUUACUUCGCUAAAUAAAAUGUUAAGCAAUUCAAAAGUGUUGAUUGUACAUAUAUCUUUUUUUUUACUGCUUUAAUAAACAAUGAAGGCAUCGGUGGCAUCCGAAAGGUACCAAGAAGAAUUAAAUGUACGUUUUGUAGUUGCAGAAAACAAUCGUGUUGUAAAGCCGAAAUGUUAUCAAGUUACACUUCGCUACUUAAAAAUUUAAGCAAUUUUCCUCAAGCUUUAACUGGAACAAUACUUUUAAUGCUCUAUUAACCAACGGAGGCAUCGGGAAAGGCAUUGGUGACACCGGGAAAGGCAUCAAGAAGAAUGAUAUUAACGUUAAGUAACUUGUUGUGUGACGAAAAAAACGUAUCUUGACUUGUUCAAAGCACUUAAAUCACAGUUGGCUUCCUUUUCACUUGAAUUUUGUAUCCACAGCCUAAGAUGAGAAAUUUAAAAUUUCUAUCAGCUGAACUUCUUUUACUGCAUAUUAUAUCUAUUCAAUCGCCCCCAAUUCACGUGGAAAAAAGGCAAGUAGGAAAACACUGAGCUUCGAGAAACAGCCAUGUUAAGGCUAAUGUAUUUACCAUUCCUUAAAUAUUUAUAAUCAAGACCGCUCGUUUAGGAGACCUUUUCUCAAAAGAUCCACACGUGCAAAUAGUUCUGUUUUCCGUUCGAAAUGUUUUUCUUCCUAUUCAAUUGAACAACUGACUUAGCGUUUAAGCCGAGAAAAAAAUCACAAAGUUUGAAUUCUGGGAUGUUGUCCACUGUUGGCUCCAUCAAGUUACGAUUCUGCACCAUUGACGCUCGUGAAAAUCUAUCUUAAUUGACUACCAAGGACUGUAUUUCUUAUCUUGCAAAUUAAGGUCUGUACAUGACAUUAAGUUCAUCAUCUGGUUCAUUGUUAUAGUCAGCUUUAAAAUUUAAACUCUACUUGUACCGACAAGAAGCCACCCUAAGGGCAGGUGAAAUGUUGCGUAAGCGUCUCCGCGAAAGGCACAUCCAGACAACUUGCAUGGAAAACCUGGCCACAGCUAUCGCACCCAAGCCAAUCCUCUCCAUCGUCGUCUUUGCAAAUCUAACAGACCGCGGUAUUUCUCCUAUAAUUGAACAAAAGAUAUGGGACGUCAAAGAGAUCUUCGGACUGACAUAUGAAUUCAGCCACAACCUUGUAUCCCACGUUGGUAUGUACACAAACGAAAAAAAGUGGAAUUGCGUACCUUGUCGUUUUGUACGUGGCGUCCAUCAGGGCCAGUUCACUACCAUAUCUUUCAAGCAUUCGUUGUUGCCAUGGCUCUUGAUGUACAAAGAGGAAGGUUUAGGUCUUGGUUCAUCUUUUUCGUUAAUGACAGCGUCUCUGGUACGGUAAAAGAAGUUGCUAAGCCACUCUUCGAUUUGGUAUUGAUUUCUUUUAGAAUAGCCUUCUUAGCCAUCACCAAGCUAUUAUCUGAUAGGAACUUUGCUUUGUUGAUGAAGUAAUCGUUGUACACCCGAAUACAUCGAAUCUGCAUGACUGCCGGGUAAUCCAAUUUUCUCGAAUUCUGCAAGUGUAUUCUAGUUUUUCUUGCAUAGUCGUGUACAUUAGCGUAGUCACUCUUGCAGGUAUAACUUCCUCGGGCAUCCUAAUUGGUACAGAAGAUUUUAAUACAGGUGUGUUCUACGAGAGCAAAAUGAAAUUACAUUCUUCUCCCAGCUGCGAUAUCAUCUGUGAUUUUUACUGACUUCACUACUAUUGCCAACACCCUUCCCCCUCAUAUUUCUUUGGGUAAAUUGGUUAUGAAACAUAUAACUUAAAACUCCUGUAACAUUUUGAUCCUCGUAAAAAGAAAAUUAAUCAGUCCAUUUGAAUAAGCUUAAAUUCAACCUCUUGACUCUCAGUUUCCUUUAUCAUUUCUCGAUUGACCUCUUUUUUUUACUUAAAAUUUGAAUGUUUGCUAAUCCAUUUACUGUAAUUGUAACCAACCUUUCUGGAUCCAUGUAUACAAUGUCGAGUUUCUCUGCUAGAGAUUGAAAAGGGGUGGCCAAACAACUGUAUGGGGACAUUUCCGCGGUUGUUUUCAAAUACGGGAGGUGCUGUCAAAUGAAAUCAGAUAGAGUUGUUAAGCAACAUGCCUUAUUUCCGGUUUACGUGUAAAGGUGUCAAUAAGAGCCAGACCUUUGACCCAAACCUUUGCACCAAAGCCACUGUUCGCUGUUUUUAAACCAAAUAGACCUUUUAGGUAGAGAUAAAUGAAUAAAAAAAAAAUAACAACAGCAAUAACAACAAACACAAAGAAACUAAAAUGAAAUAUAAAUAGGUAGUUCAGACGCAGCUUCUCGCAAAUCGCGUAAGACUGCCUUUGAAGAAAUUUACCAUAAACUCUGAAAGACGGCGAUUCUUCUCAAUUAAAUUAUCCCUGAAUUAGGAGAGUCAGGAUAGGAAACCGGGAUCUGUGCACUUUAAAACACUGAGAGAUUAUAUACCUGUUUGAGAAAAUCUGUUGUGGUUUUUCUCUUUUGAAUGGCUUUCUGUAAGUACAUAACACGUGGAGUUCAAUGCCUGAAAUGAAACUAACAGAUCAUCCAUCUCUGCUCUGUUUCCCUCGAAAUAUCCAAAACAAUAAUUGCCUUCAACAGAAAAGCCAUUGAGAUGUUCUUUCAAAAAGUCGAUCUCUAAAUCUCUUAACAUUGUUGGCUUUUGGUCUUCAUCCAUGGCAAAAUCUUCCAGGAAAAGCAAACUACAGUGUGAAAACCAAGUUCCUGCCAAAUUUGAUUGACAUUUUUGACAACCGGAAAUCAUGAUACUUUUUUUUCGUCACGCACGUCACGCACGUCACGCAGCUAGCUACAAACCAUAUAUAUAAUUAUUCUUGGUGCCUUUCCAAAUGCCACUGACUCCCUCUCCGAAGCCUCCAUUGUUUAUUAAAGCAGUAAAAGAUAUGAGUUCAAUCAACACUUUUGAAAAAUUGCUUAAACUAUGAAGCAAAUUGUUAACAUUUCGGCUUUACAACACGAUUGUCUCUGGAACAACAAAUUAUAUGUCACUAUAUGAGGUAUAAAAGCUGUUUCACCGCUGACCGCUCAUAUUUGGGUCGUUUUUUCUAUCCCCGCUCGUCGCCCGUGAUGUAGUAACUCCCCACACAAAUGGUGUAGAGUUGCGUGAAAUGGCUCAGCGUAAUGUAGAAUGGUACAGCGUAGACACAAAUAGUGUAGCGUUAGGUCGAAUAGCUUUGCAAAACAUCAGACGCUCUAUCUGA